CACCACCAAAAGUCUAAAAGUCCAUCUCCAGUCAAGGACUCUUCUAUCGUACGUUGUCGGUGCUAUGGACGCGUAGUCGCAAUGACGAGCCCCGCUGACUCGACACAGGCUCAGGAUUGGUUCGAAGCUGAACGAAUUCUUCAAGAACGAGACGACGGUACGUACCUUGUUCGCUGGGUAGGCAUCAAUCCCGACACAGGAAACCCGUGGAAGGAUACUUGGGUCGCACGCGAAGACUGCGGAGAGGAUCUUCUAGAAACCUGGCUCAAGACUAAAGAGUCAGAAACAGGACGAAACCACAAGCGUACUCUUUCUAACGCGUCGUCUGGUAACGUGCGAAGCUCUCAAGAGCAAAUCCCGCCUGCCAAGAGACGUCGUGUGAACCGCGUCCCUUCAACUCAAGAGACAAACAGGGACCUGACUGCUCGCGAGAACCCUCCAUCAGGAAGCAAACCUAGCUGGGAAGAAACACCGAACGACUCGCUUUCUUCAAAGACUCGGCGCCGCCAUCUUCUACACAACAUUGUACCAGAUUCACAAAAUCACUCCUUGGGUACUACGUUAGCGCUUUCGGGCAAUCGAAGAAGCCUUGGACCAACCGACUUUGUUCCAGACUCACAGCCAAUUGAAUCAAGCUUCUCAACUCUGGCCGACAGGUCUGCUGAUAUUCCAUAUACGCAUCUCAGUCCGCAAAGUGCUGCGAUUAUUGAUACUCCUCGCGCAUUCGGGGAACACAUCCAAGUAGCAGCCACGCAGCAGACCGAAGACAAACGGGAUACCACACCGCAAAAUCCUCGGAAAAUAUCUAUUCGGGAUUACAAAAAGCAGAGCUUACAAUUAGUCGCGCCAGACGAUCGUAUCGAAAACGUCAGCGUCCUGCCUCAACCUUUGGCCCUUGCUACGGAACGAUCUACUUCCGGACAGAACCAGCAUCUCGAGAGGCUUGUUGACCGAGUCCACUCAGAAAGCCCUUCCCCUAUCCGCAAAGUCUUUUCCUGGUUGGCAACAGAAACCGUCGAGGAAGGUGUCAUACCGGACAUGUCCUCAUCCCAAAUUCAACCACCCUCAUUCUAUGAGGAUCCUGGGACUCUUCUUACAGCGCCCCCACAACCUCCAGUAAUGCAACGGCUACCGCAGAUGUUGCCCACCGUUGCUGGAAGCGUACUAGCUGCUUCUUUAAGAAACACGCCGGGGUCUCUCCGUGAGCGACUCCGUGAACUGCAUUCUAGCAGUAACUUUGCUCCGGGCGCUAUGAACGGAGGCGGCGCCGGCGAAACCGUGCCCAGCGUCUUGCCAGCCUCCACACAAGCCCCUGCAGCACUCAAUGUCCCAAAAAGCCGCUCGGCUUACAACUACGACCUCAGCGAUGCUUCUUCAGUAUUGAGGUCCAUUUGCUUGGGUUUCAAGGAAUACGCUCUUCCCCUCGGAAUGACGACUGUGCAGCGUUCCACAACACUCCGGGAAAUCAAAGAGAACCAAAUUGCGAUUACCGAAUAUUGCCGAGACGAGAACGCUGCGAGCUUUCAACUCACUACUGAUAUAUCCAAUCUGGUUGUGAGGUUGCGCAGAAUUGCCACGCAUCCAUUCACAGUCACGGGACCAAACUGGAGUGAUUCUUUGUCGGACGAGGAGGAAAUGGAGUAUCUAUGCCAGUCGAGUGAGAAGUUCAGGUUUCUUAUUGAAUGGCUGGAUACGAUGCGAAACCACGACAUCAACGUGGUUCUUCUUGCCGAGUCUGUUGUUGUUGAUCUCCUUGAGGGUUUACUUCGUGGGAAGCGCAUCAGGUCUACAAGGCUUGACGUGACGUCAAUGCGUGAUGAGCUUCCAGAUGAAGGUGCAAGUGUAUUGUAUGUGCAGCUUGUAGCGACUGAUAAGUCUUUCGUCGCUUCACCAGCAGACCUCUUCAUUGCGCUCGAUACUACUAUCAACGUUGACGACGAAGAUCUCGAGAGAAUUCGUGAACAUCCAAGUGGCGAUCCUGACAGAAUGGCACCGCUAAUCCGUCUCGUCGUGAUCAAUAGUGUCGAGCAUGUUCUGAUGUCGACACCGGGAACGCUGUCUAAUUCGCAUACGCUAUAUGCCGUGGUAGCUGCUACCACCAUCAUGCGUGCUGAAGCAGGCGCCUUUGACGCUGAUCAGAAGGAGUAUAGCGAUGCUUUGCAAAGUGCAGCCAGAACGCUCUCGGCAUGGAUCAGAGGCGACAACACUGAAACCUGGCCUUUGGCGCCAUUGCCUGAUCUGAAGACAUUCUACAAGACACCGACCGCCAGUGUGGCUUCGAGUAUUGAAGACGGCGACAGGGCUGACGCACAUUAUAGGCUUGCUGGGAGAGCUAUCAAGCGUGGGAUGGCCAUGGAAGACUCUUCGACAAUGUCUGCAUCUCAAGGUGAUGUCAAUGGCAACAAACGUCUUCGCCUGGUCUCUGAAGACCAAACAUCUGUGAGUGAUGAGUUGAAGAAGCAGCUGGAUGAGAAAGACCGAGUUAUCGCUCAGCUUCGUCAGGAGCUUGCACGGACAACGGAGGAGAAGCAGAGCACGGUCGAUGAUUUUGAGGAGUUUCGGGCCAGUGUCUACAACCAACAAGAGCGAUAUCGGCAGCUGGACGACGAACUCCGCACUGUCAAACGCGACAAUGAAGUACUCGCUGGCAAAUGCAGCGAUCUGGAGAAGCAGAAGGAAGAGUGGAAGAAGAAGCUUGAUGUCAGCCGGGAGGAAAAACAGGCUCUGCAAAAGCGUGUUGAUGAAGGAGUGCAUCAACUUGCUGAGAUCCGCGGGGGACUCGAUCCUGCGCGUGCGGAGUCGCUGAUUCUUAUGCUUCGAGCCGAGAAAGAGGCACUCGAGCGUGGUAAUGAACAACUUAGGAAGGAGAAUGAAAAUCUGAGCCAAAUUAGGUCUUACAUGACAGAGCAAUAUCAGGAGGCUUCCUCCUCGGCGGCGCAGGUGGGCAUGGAGAACACGGAGUUGAAGACAGAGCUGGAGAAACUGCGAUCUGCAAGAGAGGGAGAAGUUGUGCAGGCAAAAGCGCUGUCGUUGGAAGCAGAACGUACUGCUUUGCAACAAAGAAUCAAGGAGUUGGAGGGGGAAAAUGGGAUAUUGAAGGAGAAUCUUACGAGAAGGCCGCUGACUGCAGAGCAGGCCGACGAGACAGCUCCGGUUGUUGAAAGUUUAGCAGGAGGCGAUCGGGAAAGCAUAGAUACGACUCCAGCAGCUCUCGCGAAUGGUACAACUUGA